AGUCUCAGAAUGUCAAGUACUGUGUCCUCCUGGGUCUUAAAUUCUGCAAGAAACAGCAUCGCCACAUUACGUGGAGGUGGACGUUUAUACUCAAGAUGUGUCUCAAAUAGGAAUAAAUCAAAAUGGAGGCUUUUUACCAGGUCGCCAGCCACCCUGAAAAGCAGUUCCCCUCGUGGUGGCUUUGCCCUGCAGAAAGCUUACAGACACACAUCUACAGAAGAAGAUGAUUUCCACUUGCAGCUGAGUCCAGCACAGGUGAAUGAAGUGCUGCGAGCAGGUGAGUCAGCCCACAAGAUUCUUGACCUUGACAGCAGAGUCCCAAGUUCAGUGUUGCAGUUUGAGAGCAACCAGCUGGCCGCUAACUCCCCUGUGGAGGACCGCCGAGGGGUGGCCUCCUGCUUGCAGACCAGCGGGUUGAUGUUUGGCAUCUUUGAUGGGCAUGGUGGCCACGCAUGUGCACAAGCAGUGAGUGAAAGGCUCUUCUACUAUGUGGCAGUGUCACUGAUGUCCCACCAAACCCUGGAGCGGAUGGAGGGAGCGAUGGAAAGCAUGAAGCCCCUGCUGCCUAUCCUUCAGUGGCACAAGCACCCGGGGCACAGUAUCUACAAGGAUGUCACAUCAGUGCACCUUGACCACCUCCGUGUCUACUGGCAAGAGCUGCUUGAUCUACACAUGGAAAUGGGACUGAGCAUCGAGGAAGCAUUAACGUACUCCUUCCAAAGACUAGAUUCUGACAUCUCUCUGGAAAUCCAGGCCCCCCUGGAAGACGAGGUGACAAGGAACCUUUCACUCCAGGUUGCUUUCUCUGGGGCAACAGCUUGUGUGGUCCAUGUCGAUGGAGUUCACUUACAUGUGGCAAACGCUGGUGACUGCCGUGCCAUCCUUGGUGUCCAAGAGGACAGUGGCGUGUGGUCAUGUCUGCCACUCACCCGCGAUCACAACGCCUGGAACCAGGCUGAGCUGUCGCGGCUUAAGAGGGAGCAUCCUGAGUCAGAAGAUAGGACAAUCAUCAUGGAUGACAGGCUGCUGGGUGUCCUUAUGCCCUGUAGGGCCUUUGGGGACGUCCAGCUCAAAUGGAGUAAGGAGCUGCAGCGCAGUGUCCUAGCACGGGGCUUCGACACGGAGGCUCUCAACAUCUACCAGUUCACACCCCCCAACUAUUAUACUCCCCCUUACUUGACUGCUGAGCCCGAGGUCACAUACCACAGGCUGAGGCCCCAGGAUAAGUUCCUCGUGCUGGCCUCUGAUGGCCUGUGGGAUGUGCUAGACAAUGAAGCUGUGGUAAGGCUGGUGGUGGAGCACCUGGACGAGGCAGGUCGGCACAAGCCUGACUUGGCCCAGAGACCCACCAACCUGGGCCUCAUGCAGAGCCUGCUGCUGCGGAGGAAAGCCAAGGGGCUGCACACUGCUGACCACAACGCAGCCACACAUCUCAUCAGACAUGCCAUCGGGAACAACGAGUACGGGGAGAUGGAGCCGGAGCGGCUGACAGCGAUGCUAACGUUGCCAGAGGACUUGGCGAGGAUGUACAGGGACGACAUCACUGUCACCGUGGUGUAUUUUAACCCAGACUCAAUUGAUGCGUAUUACAAGGGGGGUUAA